AUGUCGACUACGGAAUUCACAGAAGAAGAACAGAGUCGCUACGACCGACAAAUCCGUCUGUGGGGAAUCGAAGCCCAACAAAGGAUGCGUAAUGCAGCGAUUCUCGUUGUACGAUUGCAAGGCACUGCAACAGAAGUUAUCAAAAACAUCGUCUUAGCCGGCGUAGGCAGGCUCGUCAUGGUAGAUGACGCAGACGUUACUGAGGAGGACCUUGGGGCCGGUUUCUUUUUCCGAGACGAAGAUGUCGGUCAGAAGAGAGUAAUUGCUGCAAAGUCAAGAGUUGAGAGUCUCAAUCCCCUCGUGACGGUGGAGGCAAUCACAACUAUGACCUUGCUUGAUGAGGCAGAACUUGAACAAACGCUCGGAUCCGUACAUUUGGUGUGUGUGACAGAUUGGGAUCGAGAUGGUCUUAUCCGUCUAAACAACGUGUGUCGGCGACUCCGUAUCCCAUUCUAUUGCGGAGGUACCUAUGGUGUUGUAGGCUACAUAUUCUGCGACCUGCUCAAUCACGAGUACAUUGCUCCCGACCGCUCUGCUCCCAACACUGCCCAGAAAAACAUUAAAGUUACAGCCGCGUACUCCCCUCUUCGAGAUGCUCUACGUCACAAGUGGUCCGCGUUGACAAAAAGGCAAACUAAAGAACUGAAUCCUUCGGUCCUUUUCAUGAUUCUUGCGCUUUGGGAGUUCCAGUCGAUACACAAUGGAGUCCUUCCCGAUAGUGUCGCUCAGGUGGAAGAAUUAGAAACUAUAACGAACGCAAUGAUAGCUGCGGCGGACGUGAACAAGCAAGUUUUAACAACAAUUCCUAGAGACUUGGCCGAGUCAGUCUCAACGACUGCAGGUCAUGAGUUCUCUCCAGUUUGCGCGAUAGUUGGCGGUAUGUUAGCACAGGACAUCCUGAAAUCUCUUACUGCCCGAGAACCCCCAAUCGCCAACUUCCUAACUUUCGAUGGUAACACAGGAGGCGCUACCGUGGCUAGGAUGAAUAUGGCAUGA